GUGGUGGCCCCGCCCCACCCCGGCGCUUUCUGUCCCCUCCGCCGCGCCGUACGGCCGGGCGCUCCGUCUCCAUCCGCUGCCAACUUUGUACCGCGGGGCGCGGGCGGCACGGCCGCGGCUCUGCCCUCACCUCACCCGGGAGGCGAGGGACCAUCCCACAAUGGCCGGGAUCGGCAUCGACCACUCCAAGCUGCCCGGAGUCAAAGAAGUGUGUCGAGACUUUGCUAUUUUGGAAGAUCAUACUUUGGCCCACAAUUUACAGGAGCAGGAAAUUGAGCAUCACUUGGCAACAAAUGUUCAGCGUAAUCGUCUCGUGCAACAUGACUUGCAGGUGGCCAAGCAACUGCAAAAAGAAGAGGAUCUGAAAGCACGUGCUCAAAUCCAAAAACACCAAAAAGACUUAGAGCGACAGGACUGCGAGAUUGCUCAGGAAAUCCAAGUGAAGCUUGUGUUUGAAGCGGAGCAGCGCCGCAGGCAAGAGGAAAAAGAUGAGGACAUUGCCCGUCUUCUACAACAGAAAGAACUGCAAGAAGAAAAAAAGUGGAAGAAGCACUACUCAGAAUCCCAGAGACACACAGGCUAUGAAGAUAGCUAUUAUGCAGAAAAUGGAGAGCACCUCAGGGGUGACCCCAGAGAGCAGGUUUCUGAGCCUCGCAGGGCACGCGGUGGUGACAGGCACACGCGCUUGCAGAGAGAGCACCGAGGAGCACCCCUGCCUUUGUCCAGCAGUGUGGCCAAACACAGGCAUUCCAACUCAGAAGAUCAUCAGAGGUCUGCUCAACUGAGUGAGGCCAGCAGUGGCCAUCGGCAGGAGUGGAAAUCAGCCAGCCAAGGCAGGUCCAGGAAACAUCCCAGCCCUGACUUGGAAGGAGAGGCUGAGCACAGCACCUAUGACCACAGCAAUAGCUGGGAGCGGCAGGAGAGGAGGGCAGCCAGCAAGGAGAAGGCUUGGAGACCUCUCAGUCUUGACUUGGAGUCAGAUCAUAGACUUGCAGACCAGGCAUGGCACAGCAGAAAGCCAACAAGGCAAGAGAGAGAAAAGUGCCUUCCUCUUCUUGAGAUGGAACUAGAGGCUGAGCAGGAGACUUGGCACUGGGGCAGCAGCCAGCUGGUGCGCCCUGGAAAACAGAAAUCACGUCAUUGGGGCCAUUCGUCGCACAGGAUGGUGCAUGAUGAGAAGCUUCAUGAUGCUGAAUCUAGAGAUGAUCAUAGGAGGGGUGAGGAGAGAGACUACAAAAGGUCAGGACACAGGAGACUUUCCCCCUCCCCACAUGCUGUGACCCAGGGGAAGGUUGGAUACUGCCAGCGAGACUCAGGCAGUAAGUUGAGGGGGACGAAGCAAGCCAUGUAUGAUACACCCCAAAGGGAACAGGAGUUGUCUGAUGCAGAAAUUGCUCGGAAGCUGCAGGAGGAAGAGCUCCUGGCUGAUGAGGCAGAUCAGAAGGCAGCUCAAGUAGCCCAAGAUGAGGAAAUUGCCCGACUCUUGAUGGCUGAGGAGAAAAAGGCUUUCAAGAAAGGGAGGGAGAGAGAAAAGUCUUCCUUUGAAAGGAGGAGGCAUGAUCAAGACUGGAAGCAUGAUGCAAGUGAGUCCACACGUUCAAGGUCAAAAGAAGGACCUGAAACUCAGCGACACAAAGGUGAAAGAUCUUCAAGGUCACAGCCUCUCCACGAUGACUUUGAACGUGCUCGGUAUUACACAAGCCAGCCCAGCCCUAUGCGCCAGAUCCCCAAACCUGAGCACUCUCCUAAAGGUUCCCGUAGGAAGCAGUAAACUGUGCUAGCCUUUGCUUUGGUACCGACUCUUCUGUAGCAGACAUUACUGGAAUUGCCAGGCAACUUUCUCAAUUCCUUACCCAAUGGAAGGUCCACCCGCUACUCCCAGGAUGUCCUCUUGAAGUGUCAUCAUAAUAAGGAACUUUGUUUGUUUCAAUUUCUUACUCAUAUGUGAUGAAUUAAGCAGUGCAGUAUAAUCUAGCCACCACUGAGCUGUGUGCAUCAACUAGCUGACUUAACAGCUCCCCAUUACAUUAUUUUGAGGCUUUCCUUUUAUUUUUAUUUUUAAGCUUUGUCUGGAGCUUUGACAAAUAGAGAUGCAGUUACAACAGGGAGAAAAAUCAAAAAAAUUAGUUUGAUUAUGGUAAUGCAUCACAACGUCAGAACUGCAAGUUCUUUCCAUAUUGGGAUGACUUGGCAAAGAGAGUUAUAAGAGGAGAUAUCUUUCUUCCUGUGCUGGGUAAGAUAGCUGAGCCAACCUGACAGUCAUGCUUGGAGGAAGAAGAGAGCAUCUUCAUAAUGUGCAUCAGCAAAAGCCAGAACCUGGGACUGGUGAGGAAGAAAUUGCCUAUGAAAUAAAAUUUAACUGCUGUAUUUCUUUCUAGGGUUUACAGCAACCUGGGUAGAGUAACUAGGCAUUUAGCUCCAGGGUAUAGGAUAGAACAAUUGAAAGACAAUUUCAGUGGAAGUUAGACCUUGUGUGCACAACUCUUAAGAUAUACCAGGGAGCUGAUGAAGCUGCAAUUUGUGGAUUGGGAAGAAUCAUACAGAUUUAAAUGCCUGAAGGGACCUCUAUGGUCACCUGCUUUGAGGUUUCGUGUGAUAGCCAAGGAAUUUCACUGAAGCCAAGUAGGAACUACUGCAACUCCUAGCUUAGUUGCUGAUGCACUUGCGUACAGUAACUUGUGUUUGAAUCUACAUAUAUCUUGGAUUCUUGGGGCUGAAGGAGGGCCAUAUGGGCAUUGACACUGAAUCAGAAAUCCACAACUACAGGCAACUUUGAGCUAGAUGUAGAGUGCUGAACAGUCCACACAAUAUCUGUGCUGACUGCCUCACCUCUGCAUAGCUCUGUAGAUUCCUAUCAAGAUAAAACUAUCGCUGUCUAAGGCACAGCAGGAUCUGCAAGCUGUCUGUGUAAAAUGCCCAGGACUUUGUGCAUUGGCAGCAUCCUGCUAGCUGCAUAUCCUUGCUUCCAGACUGUGAGCUUGCUCACCUGCAUCAUUUAGAAGGUCUUGCUUGCUUGCAGCUUCUUCUCAGGAAAUACUCCAGCUAGCGGCUAGAUUUUUACUGUGCUUUCCUUGUUCCCUCUUCUUGUUCCAUCUGUCCAUUCACAAGUGUUAAUGUUGUUUUAAAGGACCCAGAAAAGGGUCAACACAGUCCCUAGUUUUAACUUUUCAUUUGAUAACUUGGGCCACUGUGGCACCCUCAUCUGCAAAGAGUUUAUUUCGUAAAAAUUUAUUUUUAUAUUUCAUGUAGCAGUCAAGAUUCCUACUGCUGAAAAUGCCAUUAUUUUUUUCCUGUGAGUUUUUCCCCUCCAUUGCCAUCAGAGUAUUCAUUGUAGUGAAAUGGAUGCCUGGUGGGGUUUCGUGAGCUACCUCCCCACUCAAGGCCUUUCUGCUUGUAUCAUCUGGUGCACUUGUGAAAAGUGGAUGGGGAAAAGUCCUGCCAAAUCAGAAAGUGGCUGUGCUUUAUACUUAAUAUGCAUGGGGUGACCCUCUGCAAAAGGAAAGGGAAAUUGUCAACUAGGAAUUCAGCCUUUCCUGGGGCUCUGUAGGUGGCUGUGACGGGCUUUCUUGCAAUGCAGUUGUCAUGUAAUUUCUGUUUUACCCUAAUUAGAACAGUUUUGAAGGCUCUGAGCCUGCUGACAUUUGAAGAAGCUGUUAAUUCAGGAGGGAUGUUUGGGAGUAUCCAAGUUGUUGACUUCAGUGAGAGCGAGAGGGAAUGAUACAAGAGGAAACUCUGGUUAAUUUUAUUUGCCUGAAGAGCACCUCUGUGUCUACUCUGUGGAGCUGUAAGAUCUCCUUAAUGGCCUCCUCAGGCUGUGGCACCAAGAAAUGAGAGGCAGAGUGAAGGAUCCCAGGAGCAUUUGCUGCUUCAAAUGGAUGCCUUCAGGGAGUGCUGAAUACUUUAUGGGGUGCUUUGCUUCAUAGCCUCCCAUAGUCCUUAUCUUUUUAUUUUUACUCCCUAUCUUUAUUCAUCUGCUGCCCCUUGUAAGUGUUUCUUCUGUUUUAUUUUUCUAUAGCCCUUGUGAAAACAGGGGCCUAAGGUUUUGUUAGAAGGGGCUAACACCUAUCCAGAGAGAGAAAUGCUAGGCAUGGUAGAUGAGGAAAGCAUGUAAUAAAUGGGGUAUAAACAGAACAAUUGUUCAUCUAGUAUACCUUGUGGGCCUUAUGUGGUCAUGCAGGUUAGAGAUUUCCUCACGUAAAGGUUACAAAGGACUUGCAUGCUUAAUAACCAUAUUUGGAAGGGAUAUUCAUUCCAUGGUCCCACUGAAGUCAGCAGGAGUUGAGUUCAGUUCAUGGAUGAACAAGGAGCCAACACAUCUUGGGGCUCAGCAGCCACAGUUCUGCAGCUUACCUAGGCAAGAUGCAAAAUCAGAACCUUGCAUGUGCGUCCCUGGAAAGAGGCACAAUGAAGCUGAUCUUUUAAAAAGAAACAAUUGGAGCAAUAUUUCCUUUCUAUGACAGAAAAAUGUUUAACCUUUUUUUUUCCUUGUCUUCUGCCAAGUUUUAGUAGCUCUGCCUAUGGGUUUGCUCUGGAUUUAAUAACAUGUCAAAGCCCUUGCUUGGACCCCUACCCAGGUCAUUCGUAUCUUGUAUCCCUUUCUGACUCUGCAUUAACAAUGCAAUAGGCAUCAUGUGGAAAAUUCAUCACCAUGAAAUCCUGGCACUUCUUAAUCUUCAUAGUAGGCACAUCUCACCAGCAAGAGCUCUCGCCACCUCUUCACCUCCGUCCAAAAGCACAAUGGUCUGCAGAAGAGAGGUUGGGUGAACCAGAGUGAUUGUGCCUUAUAUGCAGGGAUACUCAAUGUCUUCAGCAGGCUGAUCUGAGUCACCUUGCUAUGAAACACUGUCUUAAUGUGGACUGUACAGCUUCCUGCAGGGAGAAGCAGUUGUUGUCACAUGAUAGAUCCAACAGGUUAAUCUUGUCUUUUUUUUAAAGACUUCAUGUUUUUGAGCUUAGUGGGGUGGGAAAAUAUCAGCUGUUAGGGGACAGAUGAAGUCUAAUCAUUGAAAUUAUCUUGGGGAGGAAGAAUAGAAGUUACAAAUGCGGCAGUCUGCUUCGCUCUCUAAAAGGGAUCUUGUAUGUACAGUAUUUUUAUAUCUCUGCAUUCCCACUGGUCAGGAUUUGAAUCAGGACUAAUAACACUCUUAUGUAGGGAAAAAAAGUGGAUUUUUGUUUUUACAGUGCUAGAUCUUUGUGCAUUUUUAUUUUGUGCCAAAAUACAGUCACUGUUACAUUCUAGUGUUUUCAUUCAGUUUAUUGUUAUUGAUCAAUGUGUAUAUUAUGUAUUUUUAUUAUCAAGAUUUUUAUUUUAAUUCAUACUAACUUGUAUGCAAACUAACUGUGGAUUGCUUAUUUAUAUAUAAAGGGGAGCACUUGGAGACAGUGUGAGGAUUCCCCUACUUAGUUUAUACUCUCAUAACCUAGCACAGCGAGUCCAUGAAACUCAUUGCUUCUUACGCAGAAUGAUAUCCUGCACAUGUAUCACCCUGAGCUGAUGGCUCCUGCUGUUCAUAAUGGUAGCACUGAUGCUGCAAGGAUAUGUUAGAUGCGAUAGGAAACAAAACACAGUUCAUAGCAUGGACUGGUGGGUGACUGGCCUCUGUGCUGUCCUGCUCCUGGCAGUGAUGCCAGGGAGGGUGCUGCAGCAGGAAUUCCCAUCUGAGCAUGACUUUGAGGUUUUACUCUGCCCUAUAUCCAUCCCCAGCCAAUGGACAGUUGGUUUUGCCCUACUCUCUCAAAACACUUAGUGCUUGGUUUUGUAGUUGUUCUGGGAGGUGGCUGUGAGAUACAGCAUGAGGCACAGCGGUACCCCUCUCAUGAAGUAUACCACAGGCAGUUUGUCUUUUUUGGCUGGGAAGGACAGGCGUAAACCUACAGAGAUCUCAGUUUACUGUGCUCUUUAAAGCAUGCUGUAGCACAUCUCUGGCUGUGCAGCACAGUCAUGGAGGCUUUUAACUGUGCAGCAUGCAAGUGCCACCUGGACUCUUGUACCCAGUACAGGCUGCAGGACACAGGUUUUGUGUUGAGAAGCUGCACUCUCAGCUUCAGACCGGAGGUAGAAUGAGCCACCUCCUCCCUGUGAGCUACACUAGACAAGGCUCAGCUGUGCCUUUUGGGCUCUUCCAGGAGAGGCUCAGAGUGGACAGUAGCACACACAAAUAAGUAUUUUCUACUUCACAGUAAGUUCCACUGUAUCAGUGUUCACUCUAAGUAGACUCCAUGGUCUGUCUCCAGCUGCAUCUGUGCACUGCAAUAUAGUUAAUUGCCUCAGAGAAAUAACUGCAGUUGUCUCUUUUAACUUUUCAGGGUAAACUUUCAGCCUGUUGAAUCUAAAUAUUAGCCGUGCAAUGAGAUGGAUUAGUCAGAAGGCUUAAAUUCCUCAGAGCUGCAAAUGUACCCUGUGUUGCAACAGCUAAUCCUUAAAUAUAAAUUGUGCACUGACAAUAAUCUGUCUAUGCAAGCCUAUUUUUUUUUCUUAUUUUUGACUGUUUACUCUAUCAUUUUACCAGGUUUGGCAUAGAACUUCUGAAUGACAUUUAACCAAAGUAUCAUGUCUGUGUGUGCAUAGCAUGUUUUGCUUCAUACUCCUGAAUUCUCAUUGAAUGUAAAGGGAACACUGCCUUGCCCCAUUUCAUUCAAUAAACCACUGUACUUUGUUAUCCACUGCAUCUUUCUGUCCCUCCAUGUGCUUUUCUGGAACCACUGAAGUGGGUUACACAAGAGCAGGAGAAAAUAACACUUCGUUCCACCCUUGGCUGCUGGAGCUCAGCUGCUUCUACCAGUAAUUAUGUUCUUCCAAUGUAAUAGAUGUAGCAAAACAAUAAAUUUAUAUUAAAUGUGAUUAUUUUAUGGCCAGACAGAUGGAAAAAAAAAAAAAGGCAAGCUGUGUAAUAUCUUGGAAGGGAUCUGGACUGUUUCAUUUCCUGAGACUGUGAUACUGAAAAAUAAAGCAGUGUAAUUAUUUGCAA